ACUCCAUGCUACUACUGUGGGCGGACCCAAGCGAGCAGAUCCAAGUCUCUUCUUGUCAUCUGUCGGCGCGCGAUUAAAUUCUCUUGGGGCUGCUACUUCUCUUUUUCAACCUCCUCUUUUCAGCCCUGUCCUGGCCGAUAUUGGCAAUUUUGGCAUUCAUUCACUGCGAGACCUUUCUUUCUUAUGUUCUUGGAUAUUUUCGUCUACCCUUAUACCCGUCUCCUUCCCCAUGAUUGAAUUUUUGAAGCGGUUUCCCUGAUUGUGGUCCUUUUCUCUGACCUAACCUCACCCCUACUCCCACUACGACCACACCACUACCAUCCUGCUACCACGAUAACGACAACGAGUUCUAUUCUACUAUAUCGCCAUGGAUGAUGACUUCUCAGAUGCCUCAGAGCUAAGCUCUCCUCCAUCGUCUCCCAUCGCUCCUCCUGGCUUCUUCCCUUCGCCGCCGCCAUCACAGGAGGACAAACGCCAAGAAGGGCCGCCCGCCAACAAGCGACGCCGAGUCGCGACCCCAAAAGUACCCAAGGAGCGCGUUUCUCGCGAGCUCGACCUCACGCCAGAUUCGCCUUUGUCGCAGGAAGAACAGCAAUCGCAAGUUGAUCUACUCGUCAAGACCCUUCAGAAACACCGCAAGAUUGUCGUCAUCGCCGGUGCGGGCAUCUCAACCUCCGCGGGUAUUCCAGAUUUUCGUUCCACUGAUGGCUUGUUCAAGUCGUUACAGAAGAAGCAUAAUCUUAAGGCGUCUGGGAAACUCCUUUUUGACGCCUCCGUCUACCAAGAUGAUACCCUGACCGCGUCGUUUCAGGACAUGGUGCGGUCGCUGUCGGAAGAGGCUGAGAAAACCAGCCCCACGGCCUUCCACCACAUGCUGGCCUCUCUUGGGCAGGAGAACCGUCUCACGCGGUUGUAUACGCAGAACAUUGAUGGUAUUGAAACGUCUAUGCCCCCGCUGGCGACCCAGGUUCCCCUCAAUGUCAAGGCCCCAUGGCCACGCACAAUUCAGCUCCACGGCAGUCUGGAUAAGAUGGUCUGCCAGAAAUGUCGUCACCUGGGAACCUUCGAUCGCGACAUGUUUGCCCGCCCCGAUGCCCCUGAAUGUCCCGAGUGCUCGCGCACCAACCAAUUCCGCCUCGAAACCGGUCAGCGCAGUCAUGGUGUGGGCAAGAUGCGACCCCGCAUUGUCCUCUACAACGAACACAACCCUGACGAGGAAGCCAUCACAUCAGUCAUGAACGCGGACAUUCGCUCGCGUCCGGACGCGUUAAUCGUCGUUGGCACCAGCAUGAAAAUUCCCGGAGUGCGUCGCCUGGUGAAGAGCCUCUGCCAUGUGAUUAAGGGUCGCAAGAACGGAGUCACAAUGUGGAUCAACAACGAGCCGCCAACGGGCAAGGAAUUUGAAGACUCGUUUGACUUGAUGGUCAAAGGAGACUGCGAAGAAGUCGCCAGGUUAGCCAACCUGAAACGCUGGGACGACCAUACGGCAGAAUUCCUCGAAGAGUCCGAGAUGGAGCGAGCCAAGGGCAAAUUGUCUGUUGUCAUCGAGACGCCCAAGAAGAAGCAGAAGACCAUCACGGCCUUCCCCACGCCGUCAUCCAGUCACGAUGAGGAUAUGGAGCUGCCGCAUAAAGCACCUGCCAAGGGUCGUCCCAACCCAGCCAGUCGCGGACGUAACCUCAAGGAUGUCCUUAGUGCCGCUAAGACGAAUCCUCCGAAGAAACAACCCGCAUCCAAGAAGCCUGCCGCUAAGCCCAAAGCUCCCAAGAAGGGAACCAGGGCACAGCCCAAGAAUUCCAAGAUUACCAAAUUCAGCGCAGUCACCAAGGGCACAACAGCAGGCGCCGACAAACUUUCCAAAGAAGAAGCAUCCAAAGCUAUGCUUCCACUUCCAGCCGGAGCAGCCCGCACAAAUGGCCCUAUGUCUCAGCAGACGGGUGAUAAGUUGGAUACGAUUCACUCGCCUUCGAUUCCGAAAGGAUUCGACAAUCUGUUGAACCGGCCCGUGUGACUAUUUGCAGGAGUUCCCAUCGUUCUGUCUUCUUCUUUAUUAUUCUGGUGGCAAUGGGUUUAAGAUACCAGUGUUACAUGCUCAUGGCGUUUUGGUCAUUUUCUUUCUUUCUCUUUUUUUUUUUUU